AUGAGCCACCUGCCCAUCCUGCUCCUCCUACUCCUGGUCAGCCCUGGACUGCAAGCUGCCCCAACCCAGGCGACACCCUUGAAGACAACUCAGGUUAACUGCUCUAACUUGAGGGAAGAAAUUGUAACUCUCCUAAACCAGCCACCUUUGCCUUCAUCAAACUUCAACAACUUAAACAGGGAAGACCAACGCAUUCUGAUGAAACCAAACCUUCGAAGGCCAAACUUGGAAGUAUUCCAGAAGGCCAUCAAGAGUUUACAGAACGCAACAGCAAUCGAGAGCAAUCUUAAGGAUCUCCCAUUAUGCCUGCCCAUGGCCACGGAUGCACCCACGCAACAUCCAAUCCAUAUCAAGGACGGUGACUGGAAUGACUUCCGGAUGAAACUGAAGUUCUAUUUGAAAACCCUUGAGAUUAAGCAGCCUCAAUAG